AUGGACAAUAACCCCCCUUUUGAUGCCCGCGUGCAAUUCCCGUCGCAUAAUGAGCCUCGAGUAUGGCUCAUCACCGCGGGGGAUUCGCCUAUUGGCCUCUCAGUGGCGCGCCAGGUCCUUGCGCAUGGAGAUUGUGCAUUUCUUGGACUAGCACAUUCAGCCUUGGAACGCGAUGAACGUCGCCGUGAUGAAUUUGAGACUUUUCUCGGUGAGGUGGAGCAGCAUGAUGGCUGGGCACAGCGCAUCAAGACAGUUCCGCUAGAUAUCCGAAUGAUGGGAGAGUGCCAGGCAGUCGUGGCAGAUGCAGUCGCAACAUUUGGAAGAGUAGACAUACUUCUAUGCUGUACAAGUCAAGCCCUUAUUGGAACAGUUGAAGAACUUUCCGCUUCAAUCCAAACCAUGAAUCUCGUACGCGAUCAAUUCGAGGUUAAUUAUUUCGGCCCUCUCAAUAUCAUCAAGGCCACACUCCCCCAUAUGAGGAAAGAGCGAGCAGGUCAUAUGAUGAUAAUUUCAGGGAUUACGGCGCAUAUCGGUACACCCGGACUAGGAAUGUACUGCGCAGCAGGUUGGGCCCUUGAAGGAUUCUGUGAUAGUCUGGCUUACGAAAUUGCCCCAUUCAACGUCAAACUCACUAUCUUCCAAUGCAGCAUCGAGAUUGGCAUCCUCACCAACCUAGUAACCAGUGUCCCUCCAAUAUUUCCCGCCUACUCACCCGCCAACAACCAAGCGCCUCUCUUCCGCGGGAUCUUAAAUCACCUUGUCCCCCAACUUCCCGAUGCUUCUGUCUCAUCUGAUAGUCCUGUCACACCUAGUCGAGUGUACGACGAAAACGCCCGAGUUAGCUCCAUUGAAAAUGGCCCAUUCUCCGCUUCGGAGGUUGUAUCAAUGCACCCACCAUUAAGCUCCGCGCAUCUUGAAGUGCUUGUGGCUGAGACAGUCUAUGCCAUUACAUCAAUUGGCGGUCAUGAAAACCCUCCUUCGCGACAUAUCGUUGGGCAAGAGGGUGUUGCGAGUGUCAAGGAGAAGCUCAAGACUGUUAGUGAAGAGCUUGAAGACUUUAUACAGGCCAGCUUCGCUGUUGAUGUUGCCGCGGACUCAGAUCCUAUCCCCGGUAUAUCUGAAAUGAAUGAAGGGCCUUGA